CAAAACAUGGCGUCCCAAACAAGGAGAAAUGACAGCUUUUUAGGGUUCUUGGAUAUACUAAAGUCCGUUCUUGCUCAAACACAGAGCCUUUUCGAAGAAGGACCGUUAACUGAUAACCGUUUAGCUUCCGUAGAUGCUCUGGAAAAUUUGUCAGUAAAAAUGGAUGAAAUUUGCGAGACGUUGGUCAUAUUCCUGAACAGCUUCAUAAAUCCUGCAGAUGACACUUUGUGGCAGCAAUUGUAUAAUCUUUUAUGUGUUUUUUUCGAAAUAAAGAAAUACCUAGAAGAGGAAACUAACAAGCUUUAUGAGGACGAAGAAAAUGCACAGAUGCGAACUACUACUUCGAACGUCUUAGUCACCACUACAGGCACUAGAAAUAACCCAGGCCGUCCAAGGUAUGAAAUUGACGAAGAUCAAGUAUUGUUUUUACGAUCAAAGCAUUUCAAAUGGAGGAAAAUCGCCCAAAUUUUGAAUAUAUCUGACCGUACUCUACGAAGAAAACGACAGGAGUUUAGUGCAAGAACUGAAAACUUUAGCGAUAUUUCUGAGGCGGAUCUUUGUGAAGUGAUUGAGAGUAUUCGUUCCCUGACACCCAACAUUGGACAGUCUCGCUUACUUGGGGCUCUUAGAUGUAAGGGAUUUAAAAUUCAAAGGUGGAGGGUACGAAAUUGCUUACGAAAAUUAGACCCCGUGGGUACAGCAUUGCGUGGUCAUGUAGCCAUCUACCGAAGAAAAUACUAUGUACCAUACCCCAAUUUUCUUUGGCACCUGGAUGGCAAUCAUAAACUCAUUAACUGGAGAAUGGUUGUGCAUGCAUGCAUUGAUGGAUAUAGCAGAAUGAUAAUUUACUUGUCAUGCGAAAACAACAAUCUUGCCUCAACUGUUUAUAAUUUAUUUAUUGAAGGCGUUUCUAAGUAUGGUUUACCAAAGAAAAUAAGAACUGACCAUGGAUUAGAAAAUGUCCAAGCAGCUAGGUAUAUGCUACAGCAAAGAGGUACAGAUUGUGGCAGCGUGCUUACAGGAAGAUCAGUGCAUAAUGUAAGAGUAGAGCGACUUCAUAGGGAUGUGUACUCUGGUGUUCUCAGCCAUUACGCUUCACUUUUUACAUUUAUGGAAGGAGAAGGUUUACUUAACAUUGACAGUGAGGAGCACUUGCUAGCUCUUCAAGAAGUAUUUUUUCCACGCAUUAACAGAAGUCUGAAUGAAUUUGUGAAUCAAUGGAACAGCCAUCCAGUCAGCAGUGCUGGGCAUCAGAGCCCAGAGCAAAUGUUUAUUACCGCGUUGUUAAACUCUGCCACUUGUGAUGACAGUUUGCCUGCUGAGUCUCUAGAAACAUUAGGAGCUGGACUUGCAGAUGAUGAUGCCCCAGAUCCUGAUUUUAUUGUGCAAGAAAAGGAUUAUGCAGUAUUUGUUCCACCAACUGAACUGGAAAUUCCCAGAAAUAUAAGCAGUGAACAGUUCUUAACAGAUGAUGGAAAUUAUGGAAUUUAUCAUUAUAUUGCAUGUUUAGAAGCAAUACAAGGAAACAAUGAAUAAUUGUUUGAAACAUUUAUUAAAAAUUUAACUUUAUCUUUUAACAUGAAUAAAAACUCAGACUAGCUGAGACUUUAAAGUGGAAGUCAAGUCCAUCAUGUGCCCUUUAAUGUAAUGUAAAAAUUGCCUAAAUUUAGCAUUUUAAAAUUUUUCUGAGCCUUAUUCUUGAGUUCUGAUUCAUUAAGAAGCACAAAGCCUAGGCACAUUAUAUUUUAAAAAUUAUUUAGGUUCAAAAUGUAGAAAACCAUUUGUUUACAUAUGGACUUGACAU